GGGGGAGCCCCAGCGUCGGUGGCCGGUGAACCCAAGGCCCCCCGGCGGCCUGCGCCCCUCCUGCUAGCCAUGCCGCGGGGCCCGGAGACCCCGGUGCAGGUGUGGGUGGGCGGCCAGCUGUUCCAGGCCGACCGCGCCCUGCUGGUGGAGCACUGCGGCUUCUUCCGCGGCCUCUUCCGCUCCGGCAUGCGGGAGGCACGCGCGGCCGAGGUGCGCCUGGGCGCCCUGAGCGCGGGCGGCUUCCGUGCCACGCUGCAGGUGCUGCGCGGCGAGCGGCCGGCGCUGGCGGCGGAGGACGAGCUGCUGCAGGCCGUGGAGUGCGCCGCCUUCCUGCAGGCGCCCGCGCUGGCGCGCUUCCUGGAGCACAGCCUCACGUCGGACAACUGCGCGCUGCUGUGCGACGCGGCCGCCGCCUUCGGCCUGCGCGAGCUGUUCCACGGCGCCGCGCUCUUCAUCCGAGACGGCGGGCGGGGGCUGGCCGCCGGGCUGGCGCUGCCCGAGGCCCGCGCCUACGUGGCGGGGCUGCGGCCCAGCAGCUACGUGGCGGUGAGCACGCACACGCCCGCGCCCGGCUUCCUGGAGGACGCGUCGCGCACCAUGUGCUACCUGGACGAGGACGCGAACGCGUGGCGCACGCUGGCCGCGCUGCCGCUGGAGGCCAGCACGCUGCUGGCCGGGGUGGCCACGCUGGGCAACAAGCUCUACAUCGUGGGCGGCGUGCGCGGCGCCAGCAAGGAGGUGGUGGAGCUGGGCUUCUGCUACGACGCGGAGGGCGGCACGUGGCGCCGGUUCCCCAGCACGCACCAGCCGCGCUACGACGUGGCGCUGGCCGGCUUCGACGGCUGCCUCUACGCCAUCGGCGGCGAGUUCCAGAGGACCCCCGUCAGCUCCGUGGAGCGCUACGACCCGGCCGCCGGCUGCUGGAGCUUCGCGGCCGACCUGCCGCAGCCGGCCGCCAGCGUGCCGUGCGCCCAGGCGCGUGGCCGCCUCUUCGUGUGCCUGUGGCGGCCGGCCGACACCACCGCCGUGGUGGAGUACGCGGCGCGGGCUGACGCGUGGCGGCCGGUGGCCGAGCUGCGGCACCCGCAGAGCUACGGCCACUGCAUGGUGGCACACCGCGACAGCCUCUACGUGGUGCGCAACGGGCCUUCGGACGACUUCCUGCACUGCGUCAUCGACUGCCUCAGCCUGGCCACGGGCCAGUGGACGUCGCUGCCCGGCCAGUUCGUCAACAGCAAGGGAGCGCUCUUCACGGCCGUGGUGCGCGGCGACACCGUCUACACGGUCAACCGCGUGUCCACGCUGCUCUACGCCAUCGAGGACGGCGCGUGGCGGCUGCUCAGGGAGAGGGCCGGCUUCCCACGGCCGGGCUCCUUGCAGACCUUUCUCCUGAGGCUGCCUCCUGGCGCUCCUGGGCCUGGGGCUUCAACAACGCCGGAGCUGUGAGCUCGGGGCCGGCUUGGGGAGGGAGAAGACGCCCAGCUCGUCCCUAAGCUGUGGCUGAGCGUGCGAGGCCGGCCUCAGGACUAGCUGGCCACUUCCCUCUCUCCACUGAGACACCCAGGUCUGGUGCCUUUGAUGGUGUGGACGUGUUUAAGAAGCUCAGGGAGCAGCGACGAUGCCCUCAAAUUACUUGUGCUCUGCUGAGAGCGGGUGGGUCACAGUGUCACCGAAAAGGGUCCGGGGAGUUGGGAUUCGAAUAACCCAGGCUUGUAUAAAAUGGACUAUGACUGAGCAUGGCUGGGAGUGACUUCAGUGAUGCUAAGCAAACUGCCAGUAGCAGGCAAGAAUUAGGCGCCUAGUGUAUGCGCAGUGCAGUGUUAUGCCUAAUGAGAGCUGUACUUGCCACACAGGGAUCCAGGAAGCUUAGACGGUAGCCCAGAAAAAGGUCUUAACGGUUACAGAACAAAAAGGUUUACACACACUUGUCUUGAUUCACAGAAGUGAAAGCAACAUGCAAAAAGUUUUAAAACCACCUACAAUAUAAGAAAGUGCUGAAGAAAUCAGGGCUAAGGGAAAAUAGGAAGAGGAAAAGUAACUCCAGAAAGGAGGAGAGUGUGCACACUCCAUGGAGGAGAUGCACAGGAUACCAUUAGCUGCUGAAAGGGGAGGCUCAGACCAUAGAGGCUGAGAGCUCAGAAGAGAAGCAGGGUCGGAGCAGGCUGGAGCAGAUGGGGAGGGGCUCUGCAAAUCCACCCACACUGGCAGAGCGGCAGUAGGUGGGGCAUCUGGAGAGGGGUGAGGCCGGGCCAACUUGUAGCAGAUAGUGACUGAACUGAGCUCGGAGUGAGACCCGUAGGGUGAGAGAGGGUUCUCCACGGUCCCUUUUGGGACCCUUAGUAUAAGUCCUUGCCCACCCCCUUCCGGCCAUCACCAUGGGGGCAGUGGACUGUUAGCCCGCAUGACUUCAGGUCUCUCAAGGUAUGAGCCAAAUCCUGCCUCAUCCUCCUCAGUUGUAGCCCUUCCUUCACAUUCUACAGGUUUGUUCACUUCCUGUCAUAUUCUGCCCUUCCCCUGGCAAGGAUGCCUUGUCUCUUUCCCUGUCAGCGCUGUACCAUCCUCCUCUGUGCAGCAUUGGCUGACCUGGGCUGCCUGCAUUGUUCAUUGGACCCCCGGCUGUAACAUCAUUGUGUGUGCACAACCGCGUUUGCAGAUUGUAAGGACGGAGAUCCUGUUAACUAAGCUGGGGUACUUCCCUGCCCCUGAUUAAAAUGAUGAUGUCUUGAAAGAGCCCAGGCUACAGAGGCCACUGGUUAGGAACCUAUUGCUGACCUCUGUUGUUGGUUGGGGACUUUCAUUCCUUCAUCAAAAUCCUCAGCUCUGGCUUCUGGGCAGCUGCCUGUCCCGGCCCUCUCCAGCGUCUCUGUGGCCUUGGGAAAACUUCUCUGGGUGGUCCUGAUUGGUCUCCAUCCCCCAGGACCUGAGGCCCAUAGGGAGUCUUGGCCUCAUCAGAAGUGGAGAAUGCAGUGUCGGCAUGGCACCUCCCGGGGCAAGGAGGUUCAUGUCAGGGCUGCCCCUAGCAGCCUCUUCUCUUGGCCUGUGUCCCAAGCCUGGAGAAUGCUGUCCUCAGAAGCCUGGAACCUUCCAGCCCUGGAGUAGCCUAGUCUGAUUAGUCUCAACAAUAAACCCUGACUUUUGCAACUUGUGAA